GAUUCGGUGUAUUAAAAGGGACGCGACGCGUGGCGCAGUCAGAUACGAUUUAGCAAGCGACUUGUGAACAUUGUUGAACAGUGCUCAAGUGCAGUAUAUCUGCGACGUUUAUCGAGAGAUACAACAAACGAACGAAACAAAAGCUAUAAAACAUGGCUAAAGCUCCAGCAAUUGGAAUUGAUUUGGGCACCACGUACUCCUGCGUGGGUGUCUUCCAACAUGGCAAAGUUGAGAUCAUUGCCAACGAUCAAGGAAAUCGAACGACGCCGAGUUACGUCGCCUUCACGGACACCGAAAGGCUGAUCGGCGAUGCGGCCAAAAAUCAGGUCGCCAUGAAUCCGAACAACACCAUCUUUGACGCCAAAAGGUUGAUCGGUCGUCGUUUCGAAGAUGCAACGGUACAGAGCGACAUGAAACACUGGCCGUUCACGGUAGUGAGCGACGGUGGAAAACCGAAGAUCGAAGUUAUGUACAAGGGGGAGACUAAGACCUUUUUCCCAGAAGAAGUGUCGUCAAUGGUUCUGACGAAGAUGAAGGAAACGGCAGAAGCAUUUUUGGGAAAGAACAUCACGGACGCAGUGAUCACCGUCCCAGCGUACUUCAACGACUCACAGAGACAGGCCACGAAGGACGCGGGAGCGAUAGCUGGCUUAAACGUUUUACGAAUAAUAAACGAACCGACCGCAGCUGCGAUCGCCUACGGUCUCGAUAAGAAGGCUGCAGGCGAAAAGAACGUUCUCAUAUUCGAUCUGGGCGGUGGCACGUUUGACGUGUCUGUCUUGACUAUCGAGGAUGGCAUUUUCGAGGUAAAAUCGACAGCUGGCGACACUCAUCUGGGUGGAGAGGACUUCGACAAUCGCAUGGUGAACCACUUCGUUCAGGAGUUCAAGAGAAAAUACAAGAAAGAUCUGAGCUCGAACAAGAGAGCCCUUAGGCGUUUGAGAACUGCCUGUGAGAGGGCGAAGAGAACUCUGAGCUCGUCGACGCAGGCUAGCAUCGAGAUCGACUCUCUGUUCGAGGGUAUCGACUUCUACACAUCGAUCACGAGGGCCAGGUUCGAAGAACUAUGCGCGGAUCUGUUCAGAAGUACAUUGGACCCGGUUGAGAAGUCUUUGAGAGACGCCAAGAUGGAUAAAGGUCAAAUUCACAGUAUCGUUCUGGUCGGUGGAUCCACAAGAAUACCGAAGAUUCAGAAACUACUUCAAGAUUUCUUCAAUGGCAAAGAACUAAACAAAUCCAUCAACCCCGAUGAGGCUGUUGCUUACGGUGCCGCUGUGCAGGCAGCAAUCCUUCACGGAGACAAGUCCGAAGCUGUUCAAGAUCUUCUGCUAUUGGACGUAACACCAUUGUCUCUGGGUAUAGAAACAGCCGGUGGCGUCAUGACUACCUUGAUCAAGAGGAACACCACAAUACCGACCAAGCAAACUCAGACCUUUACCACGUACUCGGAUAACCAACCAGGCGUACUCAUUCAAGUAUACGAAGGAGAGAGAGCUAUGACUAAAGACAACAACAUUCUCGGCAAGUUCGAGCUGUCCGGUAUACCGCCUGCCCCUAGAGGUGUGCCUCAGAUCGAAGUUACAUUCGACAUUGAUGCUAAUGGUAUCCUGAACGUUUCUGCGAUUGAGAAGUCUACUGGAAAGGAGAACAGGAUCACGAUCACCAACGACAAAGGUCGACUGUCCAAGGAGGAUAUCGAGAGGAUGGUGAACGAGGCAGAAAGAUAUCAUAACGAGGACGAACAACAACGCGACAGGAUUUCCGCAAAGAACGCUUUGGAGUCCUACUGCUUCAGCAUGAAGAGUACGAUGGAGGACGAUAAGAUCAAGGAUAAAAUCGACGCGUCCGAGAAACAGAAGGUCCUCGACAAAUGCAACGAAGUCAUCGCCUGGUUGGACGCGAAUCAGUUGGCAGAAAAGGACGAGUUCUCCGACAAGCAAAAGGAAUUGGAAUCUGUCUGCAAACCUGUUAUCACCAAACUUUACCAGAGCGGCGGUGGUGGCGCACCAGGCGGAUUCCCAGGUGGUGUACCCGGCGGAUUCCCAGGUGGUGCACCAGGUGGUGCUCCAGGUGGCGGCGCUGGGGGUCCAACGAUCGAAGAAGUAGAUUAAAGCAGUCGUUCAUCAUCCAAAGCACCAAAGAUUUUCAUAUUCCACGUUAUUUAUUUAACGUCAUAUAACAUUAUUCACAUAGAUUCCUGUAACUUUUUUUUUUUACACCAAUACAUUUUGUGAGAUCUCAGGGAUAUUCAUGACUUUCACCGAUUGUUAAAACAUCACUGAAAUUACACGAACAAGUAUUGUAAUAUGCCAGAGAUUGGAACUUUUUUGUGAGAAAGUAUUUAAAUAAAGAAUAUUUCAUUUGUUAUAAAAA